AUGGAGAUCGACCGUGCUGAGCUUGGUCAGGUGAGCCUGAAGCUCUCUUGGAUUGUCCAAGGGGCCCUUGGCAGAGCGUUCAUUGCCAGAAGAGCUGCAACAGACGCGUGCAUCGGAGUCCCAGUCUGGCAAGCUCAGUGCAAGGAUGCUCAAUGCAUGGAGCUCCUCAAUGGGCUGCCUGUGAUCAUCCAGAGAUCAAAGGUUUCAGGAAGCUCAAAGCCAAGCAACAAGCUUUUUGAUGUCAGGUGGCAGUCCUUCUUUUCCAAGGUCUCCAACAGAGGCGUCAAGCUGGCUCAUAGGGAGAGGAUGGCGGUCCCAAAGUCUCUUCUCAACAAAAACCCAGAUGCCAAGGCUGCAGUCCAAGCAGGUGUGCCCGUCUACUUGCAAGCGGUUCAGUGUAGGGUUGGUAAUGUCUCCCUUGAGUUUGGCACAAUGGCCAAGGGCUGGAAGGCAGCAUCUGAACAGCUUGAGUUGGGAAGGGGUAGCCAACUGCUGAGGCUCUUGGUAGGCUGUGCGGAUGCUCUUGGCUGCAAAGACGGGCAAAACUUGGAGGCUCCUGGAGACUGGGUGCGCUGUGCUCAGCUGCCCACCUUUCCUCGUGGAAGCGCCGUCUUCCGGGAGAUCAGCAAGUUAUUUGGCAGCAAGCCCAAUCUAAACCUCAAGUUGACUGGUCAGAGGCAAGAGGGAGCCUUCCUCUACCUUGGUAACCCCUUCUGUCGACAAUGGGGAUACGGCUUACCCACUGGCAAAGUUGAUGAUGGGGCUCAAGUUGAGGUGGUGGUGGCUGCGCAGCACAAGAGCCCUGAACAUGCGCAAGUCUGGCUCAGGGUUGUUGACCCACCAGAGAAUUGCGGGCGAAGUGCAGAGUGGAUCAUGCUCUGCACUCUAGCCCCUCAAUUUAUUUGCAAGGUCAACAAAUGGCUGAAAUCCUUGGCAUAG